AUGGUGUCAAAGCUCCAAUUGUGAGAUGACAUAAAAUUUGAGGUAAAAAUGAAAUAAAUGAGCUCGAGUCCUACUUCACCCGACCUGAUUUCACCAUUGCAUCAAACAAGCAUCACAUGAGAAGCACACAACUGCUUCUGAAGCGCUGACUUGUGGAUGAGCGGUCCCACAGUACUAAAUCACAUAAAAAAAUGCCAAAUUUAAUGGACGAGUCAUCAUUCACCCUAGACAAAGUUAAUGAGCCGUGUAAUAGGUGACCAUUUCGCGUGAUUUGGGAGACACUUUAGUCAGCCGCCAGCACCAGACUGCGUCCGUGUGUGCCAUGUAAACAAAAGUUAAGAUCAUGCACCAUAACAAAACAAAGAAUUCAUUUUUCAUAGAUUAAAACCAACUAUUGCUAAGGACAAAAACACAUUUAAGCAAUUUACUUUUACUUUAGAUUUGAUUUUUCCAAAAGUAAACCAGUUUGGCAGUUCAAGUGUUGAACAGAAAACAAAGAAAACUAAAAAAAGCAGAAUAGAAACCGAGAAGAGAAAGAAAAAGAGAUUUACAACGAGUUUACGCUUCGAUACGGAUACGGUCCCAUCCCUGUCUUUCCCUUUUCUGAUUUUCUCUCUCUAUAUUCUCUCUCUCUCUCUCUCUCUCGCUUUCUCUCUCUAACCACUCUCUUCUCUCGCUCCAAUCUCACUUCCUCUCUCGAUCCGCAAUCUCCUUCCCCUAACCGCACAAUGGUACAACCGCCAAGCCCUAACUCGCCGUCGUGUCACUCACUUCCCACUCUCCGAUGAUCAUGGAACUUCCCGAUUCCACCGGCGGCGACCGCAACAACAACCCGCCGCCGCCGCCGUUGCCGCUGCACCACCACCACGACGACGACUCUCGCUCCGGCCUCGGAAUCGACCUCAACGAGAUCCCUUCGCCUUCUUUCUCCUUCGCCGAAACCCUACCGGACUCCGCCGUGGAUAUCGUCCGCGCGUACCAUGAGAACCCUGCUCCUCCGCCUGGUGACCCUGUUGCCCUCCCUCGCGGCUCCAUUCCCUGCGCCUCAUGCGGUGGGGUAGGUGGGGGUCAGCUCCUUGUGUGUGAUGGCUGCGAGCGUGGAUUUCACUUGGCGUGCGCCGGGAUUCGCGGUGGCAGCUGCCGUCAGGCGGCUGGCCUCGGCGAGUGGGUGUGUGGGGAGUGUGUUUCGGGUGGGGUGAAGAGUAAGCGGUGGCCUCUAGGGGUUAAGUCUAAGCAGCUUCUCGAUAUCAACGCUUCGCCGCCCAGUGAUGCUGACGGCGAGGACUUGCAUGAUUUGAGAAAGCACAACCUGGGAGAUAAAUCUUUUGGUGCCCCAGUUACAUAUUCAAACUUCCACAACGGGAGUGCUUUUGGCUUCCAAAGGGCUUCUGGAGUUGUGACACAUGCUGUUAAAGUGGGUUUUGAGGAUAUAUUGAAUCAUACCCAAUCAAUGACUAGAAAUUUUGAGGAGGUAUAUGUGGAUUUCCCUCUUGGAACUCAUGGUAGUAGUAGUAAUACAGCUACUAGAAUACCAUCUCGGAGUCCAAAUGAAGUAUUUUUGCAGGCUCUUAGAGAUUUUAUAUCUGAAAGACAUGGUGUACUAGAGGAAGGUUGGCGAGUGGAAUUUAGACAAUCAAUGAACAGCUCUGAACUAUAUGCAGUUUACUGUGCUCCUGAUGGGAAGAUAUUUGAUUCUGUGUAUGAAGUAGCUUGUUAUCUGGGGCUAACGUCUGGUUACAAUUCUUUGGAAUCUGAUGUAAGAAAUCAAAGGUCUCUCCCUUCUUUAGGUGGUGGGCCCCACCUAUCCAGAAAAAGGAAGCCAGUUAGGACUCUGGUAGCCAAUGGUUUUGCAGAAAAAACGGGAACCUUGUCCAAUAGUAAUUGUAAGGAUCCUCCUGCUGAUGGUAGUGUGGAAUGUGCUACUGCCAGGGAAAAAGUCCCAAAAGCCACUGGAAUUGGGAAAGAGGAUUGUCAUGCUGGCCUUCCGCAAUCUUCUGAUGGACUUCCUCUGCAGUUCAAGGACUUCUUUGUUCUUUCCUUGGGAAAAGUUGAUGGGAGACCUUCAUAUUAUGAUGUUAAUCUUAUCUUUCCUGUAGGUUAUAAAUCUUGUUGGCAUGAUAAGCUUACUGGCUCUCUUUUUACAUGCGAGAUUUUGGAGGGUGGUAAUUCUGGACCUAUAUUUAAGAUCAGAAGGCAUUCCUGUUCAAAUUUUCAUGUUUCUGCUGGUUCAACAACCCUCUCAAUAUCAAGUCACUGUCAGUUUGUGAGUCAACCCAAUGAUGGUGAGAGAAAGAGAAGUGAUAAUAUGGAUUUAGAUGGUGAUGAAAGUAUCCAGAUGAUGCUGUUAGAUCCGUGUGCGCCAACAGAAAAUGACAUCUUAAGUUGUGUUGCGAGUUGCUCGAAUGAAGUAUGUGAUUCCCGUGCAUCAGAUGUAUUACAGCCUGUUUCUGGUUCAGUUCAAGAUAAUACUAGAAAUUCAUUAGUUGAUAACAUGGGGUUUAUUGAUGAAAUUGGUGAAAUUUUGGUGGAAGAGCGGUCAUCAUCCUCAGCAUGGAGAGUUAUGUCUCAGAAGCUAGUUAGUGCUUGCAAGGAUAUCUGCCAGAAGAAAGGAACUCUCAAAUUCUUUUGUCAACAUGUUGAAAAUGAGCCAUGCUUACACAAAUGGGAUUUAAGGAAUGGAAAAAGUGAUACACACUUUACAUCAUUGGAUAAAUUUUGCUGUACACUUAGUUCGGCCAACAUCCCAGAUGUAAUUUAUGCAGACCAUGAUUUGAAAGAUCUCUAUGAGAUGUUAGGAAGAUGGUUGGAGCAGGAUAGAUUUGGAUUAGAUGUUGAAUUUGUGCAAGAAGUAUUGGAAUUGCUUCCGGGUGUCCAGGAUUGUUUGCAGUAUGAACUUCUGAAUAGUAGAAGUAAUAGCUCUUCAUUGCCAACAGUAGAGAAUGGUUUCCUUGUUGUCGAAUGGAGAGGUGAAUCAAAAUAUCAGGAAGAAGCACUUCAAGGAUUAUACAGGAGAUCCAAGAAGCUUACAUUGACUGAAAAAUGUGAACAUCGAUGUCCACCUGCUGGGAAGCCACUAUGCUCUAGGGCUCCUAGUGAGCUCAUUGGUGACAUUUUCCAGGUUUGGGAGCUUUUAGGGCGAUUUCAUGAAAUUCUGGACCUGAAAGAACCAUCAUCAUUAGAUGAGCUUGAGAAGGAACUUAUCAACCCAUGGUUCAAUGGAUCGGAUUUUCAUGAGGAAUAUGAGAAGGAAAUGGACGGCAGUCAAGUUUUAUUUUCACAAGGAGCUAAUGGUAAUUGCAGACCAUCAUCAUCCACAGAAAGUUCCCGUGCUUUUAUUCAAGUGGAAACAGAAGCAAUGAAAGAAGCAGCUCAAGUUAAACUCGCAUCUUUCACUUAUGCCAGAUGCUUUGGUGUAGCUUUGACCAAGGCUCAUAAUUCAGUACUGAGAGUGCUAAUAGGUGAACUUCUAUCGAAGGUGGCUGCCCUGGUGGAUCCAAAUUCUGAACCUGGAGAGACACGGACAAGGCGGGGAAGAAGGAAAGAUAUAGAUAGUGCAGUUCCUACUAAACGAACCAAGGUCAAUAUGCUUCCUAUUAAUGAAUUGACUUGGCCAGAAUUAGCUCGUAGGUAUAUAUUGGCUUUCUUGUCAAUGGAUGGUAACCUCGAGUCCGCAGAAAUUACUGCUCGUGAAAGUGGUAAAGUAUUUCGUUGCUUACGAGGUGAUGGAGGUUUGCUGUGUGGUUCCCUAACUGGUGUGGCUGGGAUGGAAGCAGAUGCACUGUUGCUUGCAGAGGCUACAAAGAAAAUAUUUGGUUCUUUGACGAGAGAAAAUGACGUCUUAACCAUGGAAGAGGAAGAGUCUGAUGCAAAGGAUGCUUCUGAACAGAAUUUGGCAAAUGAUGGUAUUCCUGAAUGGGCAGAAUUGCUGGAACCUGUCAGAAAGCUACCAACAAAUGUGGGAACACGAAUCAGGAAGUGUGUUUAUGAUGCUCUAAGUAAGGAUCCACCAGAGUGGGCUAGGAAAAUACUGGAGCAUUCAAUUAGUAAGGAAGUGUACAAGGGCAACGCAUCUGGACCAACAAAGAAAGCAGUUCUUUCAGUGUUGAAUGACGUAGUUGGUGAAGGCUUGCUAUCAAACCCCAAUAAAGGAAGGAAAAAGAAGAUAGCUAUAUCUAUUUCUGACAUCAUCACCAAACAAUGUCGCAUUGUAUUACGUCGUGCAGCUGCUGCAGAUGAUUCAAAGGUUUUCUGUAAUUUGCUGGGAAGAAAAUUAAUAAAUUCUUCAGAUAAUGAUGAUGAGGGGCUUCUUGGAUCUCCAGCUAUGGUGGCCCGUCCUCUUGAUUUCCGGACUAUUGACCUAAGAUUGGCUUCUGGAGCUUAUGGUGGAUCUCAUGAAGCUUUUCUUGAGGAUGUACGUGAGCUGUGGAAAAAUGUUCGUGUUGCUUUUGGGGAUCAACCGGAGUUAGUUGAACUGGCUGAAAAGUUAUCCCAGAACUUUGAAUCGUUAUAUAAUGAGGAGGUUGUCGCCUAUGUCCAAAAAUUUGUGGACUAUGCUAAAUUGGAAUGCUUAAAUGCAGAGAUGAAAAAAGAAGUUGACGGUUUUAUUGCGUCAAUAAGUGAGAUUCCGAAAGCCCCUUGGGAUGAGGGAGUCUGUAAAGUAUGUGGUCUUGAUAAGGAUGAUGACAGUGUUCUACUAUGUGAUACUUGUGAUGCUGAGUAUCAUACAUAUUGCUUGAAUCCUCCACUUGCAAGGAUCCCUGAAGGAAACUGGUACUGUCCUUCUUGUGUUGAUGGUAAGCAUGCAACUCAAAAUGUUAUAGAACACUCGCAGAUUAUUGGCAAACGUCGUAGUAAAAAAUUCCUGGGAGAAGUUAAUCGUCUUAACUUGGAAGCUCUAACUCAUUUGUCAACUGUGGUUGAAGAAAAAGAAUACUGGGAGUACAGCGUGGCCGAGAGAACUUUCCUCCUCAAGUUUUUAUGUGAUGAGUUGCUUAACUCUUCCCUGAUACGCCAGCACCUUGAGCAAUGUGCUGACUUGUCUGUUGAGUUACAUCAGAAAUUGCGUGCACUAUCUGUUGAGUGGAAAAACCUGAAAACUAAAGAGGACAUUUUAUCCACAAAAGCUGCAAAACUUGAUACAUUCUCUCUAAAUACUGCUGGAGAAGUUGGUCUUAAAGAAGGAUUACAAGCUUUGUUCUCAAAUUCUGGUAAAUGUCUGGGGCAGCCGCAUACUGCAGCUGACAAUCCUAGUAGCUUUGGGGUAUUUGUUGAUAGUUUGCCUUCAGAAGAGAUUACCAAAGAGAAGUAUAGGUUCCAUAGUGUUGAUAAAAGUGUAUCUAUGACAAAUUCAGAUUCUGAUAGCCAAAAUAUGAAUUCCAUAGAUGGAGAGGUACAAAGGAAUGUUUCUGUGGCUGUGGAGUCCCAAUGUACUGAUAAAUCCCCCAAGUCUUGUUCAUCACCAAAUCAUAUGUCACAUGACAUAAAUGGUUCUGGUGGAGCAGCUCAUAUCCCGGAUAACUACCAGAAAUGUGAGGGAAGGGAUGUAUCUACUCUUGUGGCAUACCAGCAAGGACAAUGUGUGCCUGUUGAAGUUCCUCAGAGUGCUAUGAAUGAGUCAGAAACCUGCCACCUUGAGCUCAAUGCCAUCAAGCGUGAUGUUUCUCUGGUGCAGGAUUCCAUAACUAGUGUAGUAUCACAGCUGCUGAAGCUCUCUUUCCGUAGGGAAUUUUUGGGUAUCGACUCCAUUGGUCGACUGUACUGGGCUUUGCCUACACCGAGGGGACAUUCACGUAUAGUUGUUGAUGCAAGUGCUGUAGUGCUGCAUGGAAAAGGAAUGACAGUUAGUCAGAACUCAGUGGAAAAGUUUUCUGUUCUGCAGCAUUGUGCACAAUCUAACAAAGAUAACUACAAGAUUUUAGGGGUGAUCAAGGACUCGUCUCCUUUAAUGUCUCAACCAAGUACUGCUUUGGUCAGUAGUUCACCAUGGAUUGCUUAUGAAACUGAUGCAGAAAUCGAAGAGCUCCUUGGUUGGCUAAAUGAUAAUGACCCUAAAGAAAGAGAACUGAAAGUUUCCAUUAUGGCAGGGCCAAAAUCAAGAUAUCAACAGUUUCUUAAUGCACAGACUGAAUGUCAGGUUUCGGACCAAGGACCUAUUUCUAUUCCGAAAAAGGGAGAGAAAACAGUAUCUAAUUCUCUUGUCACAAAGGCCACUUCCUUGCUGGAAAAGAAAUACGGUCCCUUCUUUGAGUGGGAUUCAGUUGAGGUGUUGAAGAAGCCGAGUAAAAAGGCUAGAACAACUAAUGAUGAAAAGUUGUAUAGGUGUGAGUGCCUAGAACCUGCAUGGCCUUCUAGGAAACACUGCAUGUAUUGCCACAAAACUGUUUCGAGUGAUGUUGAAUUUGAGGAUCACAAUGAUGGCAAAUGUAAUGCGGGCCAUCUGGCUUUGGAGAAGACUAAGGAUAAAAAAGUAUUUUCCAAAGGAAGAGGGAACUUAAAAUCGGAUGCACCGCAUGAAAAAUUCAGAGCAGAUGCAGAAGCAAGCAGAACUUCAAUUAGUGGGUGUUCCAACCUGAGCUCAAGAUUGAUUAAAUUUUCAAACGAAGAAUCCACAUGCCCAUUUAACUUUGAAGAUAUAUGUAUGAAGUUUGUGACAAACGACUCCAACAAGGAACUUGUCAGAGAAAUAGGUUUUAUUGGUUCAGAUGGCAUCCCAUCCAUUGUUCCAUCCAUAUCUCCUUUUGUUAGUGACUAUACACUAUUCUCAGCUCAAAAGAAUGACAUGGAUGGUGGUGGUGCAUCUAAAGCUUCAGAAAGCCGGAUUUCUCAGAUAAACACUGAUGUAGCUGGCAUAUGUCAUGAUCAUCAAUCAGGCGAAUCUACUGAAAGGUUAGCUGCAAAUGAAACCAGUAAUGCAGGAAAGUCAUCCUUGGGAGAACAAAGAGAUGGAAAGAUUUCUUUUUGUAGUCCGGCUUCAGAUAUGGUAGUCGAUGGCUGUUGUGUGGUCCCUUCGUCUUCCUUGAGACCAUUAGUUGGAAAAGUUUCUCAUAUUUUGAGGCAAUUGAAGAUUAAUCUACUUGAUAUGGAUGCUGCACUCCCCAAGGUUGCUUUAAGACCAUCAAAGGCACAGUCGGACAGAAGACAGGCCUGGCGUUCAUUUGUUAAAUCUGCAAAGACUAUAUAUGAGAUGGUUCAGGCAACAAUUACACUAGAGGAUAUGAUUAAGACAGAGUACUUAAGGAAUGACUGGUGGUACUGGUCAUCAUUCUCAGCUGCGGCCAAAUCUUCUACUUUGCCUUCCCUUGCGCUCCGCAUAUACUCCCUUGAUUCAGCCAUUAUAUAUGAGAAAGUGCCCUAUUCAAGUUUUACUGACAGCUCUGAACCUCCUACCAUAGCAGAACAGAAAUCACUGGUGGCUGUGGAUCCAGAGAAAUCCAAAGCAAGCCGGAAGUCGAACAGGAAAAGAAGGGAACCGGGUGGUUGAUCUUAUACUGUGUUCUUGGCUGAGAAAGUCAGAAAGCAUGUCCACUUUAUGUGGUGUGAUAUUAUCAUCCACUGAUAUGGGUUUGGAUGGAGAUGUCACGGGGACAACUUCAGGUUAUUGAAGGGGCAGCCUCAGCUGCUGGUGUCUCUUGCGUGCAUGUACAUAUAGGUUAAGCUGACCUGCUAACUCGGAUGCUGGUUUUUGGCUAAGCAGAACUUGUAGGAUUAUCUGCUUUCAGUGAGGGCACCAGUAUGAGGGAAUCAUGAUGAUGCAUCCAAUUUUGAAGUGAUUUCUGCUGCAGCUUCCAAUUGGUUGCUCCGGCGAGAAGUGGUAUUAUAUUUUUCAUUUUUCUUGCAGAGCCUGAUCCAGAUAUGUAUACAAAUGGAAUUAAUGUAAAGAAGGAAUAGAAGUAAGUGAAAAAGAAAGGAUGGGAAAAAAAUCAGAAUUAAUGUAGGCAAUAUUUCAUUCUUUAUACAUUUUCUCUGACCCCUACAGAAGUCCCGCACACGCAUGCUCUUGAUUUUGUUCUAGAGCAUCAUCUGCAGAUGUGUUCGAAUGCAAGGAUUUAUUGGAAUCAAUGCAUUUUUCCAUC